CCAGUGGCGGGUGUCACGAUGGCCCCCGAAAGACAAACACGUGGAGUAUGGAAUCAUAGUGGCGAGAGAAAGAAAGGUAGGGGCGAGAGGAGUAGAAGAAGGAAGGGAGAGAGAGAGAAAGAGAGAGCGAGAGACGACAGUGACGAUGACAGCAACGGCGGCGAUAGUGGCGGCGUCAACAAAGACGACAACGACGGCGAUGAUGACGACGACGACGGUAGCAAUGUCUACCAUCAACAACGGCGCUCGCACCGGACUAGGAGGUGAAUUUUAUGAAAGAAAACAACGGUGGAUCGCGACACCGGCGACAGCGGGCGGCCACGAGACCUCAACGCAACCAGAAAAUCGCGACCCCUCAUUGGCCGUGGCGCGUACAAUUGUUGUACGGCCGCUUGGUGGUCGACGCGCGCAAACGCGCUCCUGGACUCCGGAGAUCAAUGAGAGUUGAUGUCGAAGACGCGCGGCGAAUGUGGCGUGGCGCAUCCGGAAUAUCCGGACAAGGAGCACUAAUUAUAUGUCUCGAUUGACGAAAAAAACCGAAUUUAUUAAUUUGAAUGAAAAAUACAAAAAAUAAUUUGAGGGUAA